AUGAAGGUAGGAUUCAUGGUUGGGAAGACGUAUCUUCGGUAUGUUGUGGGCCCACAGGGUGGUGCUGUCGCGAGCAAUGGUUCCCUUUCAUGUUACAGCAGUAUCACGCGUCCGUCGUAUGCCAAAUCAACGGGAGUGGCGAAGACAACUUACAGUGAACGCAAUAACCGAAAUCAGGGGAGGGAUAAGUCCUCAACCGCGGCUUCUGCUGUGAUUUUCACUGCAAGUCUGGAGGCUGUGCGGGUGUACUCUCUGCGCAGCGGUGUGCUUCAACAUACGUUAAUACCUAGGGAAGGAAAAAUGCCGUUGGAAGUUACCGCCCUCCGUGUUGUACCACUGGAUAUGGUCGGAACAUCAACAGCGUCGGCAACGCCACUGAAUACCCUCAAUCAAAUUGAGCAAGAAGGAUGGAUGCUGUUGGUCGGAUACCACAACGGGCACGUGGCAGUUUUUUCGUGUGGUCCGACAUCGAAUUACGGGGAACCAGUUUGCCGUUUCUACGCCCUCGGUCACAAGAUAGAUACAUCAGUUCUAUCCGUUGCCAUAGACUCGCAGCGCGCUUGCCUUUGUAGCGGGGGACAAGAUACCGAUCUUACCGUGUGGGAUGUUGUGACUCAAGAGCCCUCUUUUCGGUUGCGUGGGCAUCGGGGAGGUAUUGUCGGUGUGGAGUUCGUACCACAACGACGCCCAACAGGCCGUUUAGUAGUUGUCACGGGCUCAUCGGAUGGUCUGAUUAAAGUGUGGGAACUAUCCAUACGUCAGUGCUUGCAGACAAUUGUCGCAUCGGAUACACAAGUGUCGUCUAUACUAAUUGAUGCUACCGGUAGUCGGCUGUACUGUGGCCUCCGCGAAAGUCAACUGAAGGUGUUCAAUACGGAAGAGCUCACUGCAUCAAGUGAAAUGGACAAGGAAUUGGGUGCCGUCACAGAGCACGGAGGUGUUCCGCGCAAACACCAGAAGCCAAUAACUUCUUUUUCCUUUUCAUAUGACGGCAACUUUCUCUUGGCGUGCACAAGCAAAACUGUGGAAAUCUUUCGUAUUCUGUCCCGCGACGAUGUGCGACGGAAGGUUGCGCGGAAACGUAAGCGUCGGGAGGCAAAGAAUAGCGGUAAUGCCCCAUUGAACGAUGUGGCAGAGGAUGAUGGAGACGAGCCCAACGCCCCGGGUGAUGAGGAUAGAAUUGAGGAGAAGUUGCCACCGACGAGAAUAACCACUGAUGGCAAAAGUGAGGCUAAUGACGCGGGUAGCAAAAGCACGCAUUCUGCCCACGCUACAGCCAUGGAAGAGAUGGCCUUGUUACGCACUUUCUUUCUUGACGAGAAGGUGCGUAGUGCUUGUUUCGUUCCUCCUUUCCCAGGCAUGAGCGGUGGCAGAGGUAGUGGUAGUCCUGGACAGCUCCACAUCGCUGUAACGUUUAACAACAAUACAGUGCGCACAUUCACUACUGCGCUGACAUGCGGCGACCCCCCAGCUGCUGCUAUGUGGUCGCUCGAGAACCUUUCGAUGCGCCAUACGAUGGAUUACAGCGGACACCAGUCUGACAUCCGCUCGUUGCAGUUUGUCGACGACGACACGACGUUGCUUUCGUUAAGCUCUGAAAAGCUGAUGAUGUGGAACAUCUCCACGAAAGACCCGGAAGAGGAUCACAGAAACGAGCACGAUUUCUAUGAUGCCGUAGAGGCAAAUGUGAAGCGGGGUGAUAAAACAGGGUCGCUCACAUGUACAUCUCAGGUCGCGCUUGACGAUGCCGUUGCUGUUGCAGCCAUCGCCUCAAACCUGUGCUGUGUAGGGCGUAAAGAUGGGUCCGUAUUGUUGGUUGACCUUCCCGCGGCGGAAACAGUGUUCACAGACACUGCAGUGCAUGUUGGUGGUGUGCGGCAUGUUACUCCACUCCCCGAUAAAAGUGGUUUCGUUUCUGUUGGUGCUGACCGUCGCAUGAUCGUUUGGACUCUUGCUAUGGUGAAGGCUGGCUCCGAUGCCGCCUCUUCUGGUUCUGGCUCUCAAGCAGCGUCUCACCGCCAUAAAAACUCAUCCCCCGAUACUCCAGAACCAACCGAUGAAAACGGGAAUGGAGAGACCGAUACAAAGAAUAUGUCACUUCAGUUACUGCAAAGCGCACAACUCGAGUUAACGGAGAGUCCUUUGUUCGCUGUGUGUAGUGCCGACGGGCGGUUCCUCGCGGUUGGGUUACAAAACACAAACAUUCAGCUGUUCUUUGCUGACACAAUGAAGCCGUACCUUUCCCUCUACGGUCAUAAACUUCCACCUACCGCGGCAACGUUCAGCACUGACGGUACUCUCAUUGCCUCUUGUGGCAUGGACAAAGCUCUGCGACUGUGGGGGACGGACUUUGGUGAUUGUCAUCGUUCUAUUCAUGCUCACGAUGACUACGUGACGGACGUUGCUUUUUUUCGGGAUACUCACCAACUUUUAACUGUUUCACUUGACGGUACACUCAAACAUUGGGACGGUGAUAACUGGAUAAUGAUCCAAAUGUUCCGUCAGCACCAACGGGGUGUGUGGGCGGUUGCGGCGACGGCAAAUAGCACAUGUGUUGCGACAGCGGGAGUUGACAAAUGCAUUCGCUGUUUCUUACGCACCUCUGACAUUGUCUUCCCAGCGGAGGAAGAAGAACGGUUAGCUCAGGAGGCGAUGGAUGAGGAGGCAGCAAAGCGAGCAGCGAUGCAGAGUUUAAAUGGCAUCCAACACCAGCAGGAAGUGGGUGUGGCGGGUCAUGCGACUACGGCAACUGCCGCUGCCGCGGAAAAGAUAAUGGAAGCGCUCGAUUUGGUGUCAGUGGAGCUACAACGACGGAAGAACGACUCGGAUAGUGCUCCCCCAAACCCGCUUCUGGUGAACAAAACCGUCUGGGAAUAUCUCUGGUCCAUCAUAGAAAGUGUGCGACCCAGUGACUUGCGUCACGCGCUGUCCAACCUCACGAGCACACAUGUUGAUGCCUUGCUGGACUACGUCGAGCAGAUGCUGAAGGAACGGGCCGUGCUUAACUAUGAGACCGCUGCGAGAAUUCUGCUCGCUUUGGUUGGCACACCGGCUUCGGUGGCAACAACUCACAUCGCUCGCGUAGCCGUUGCAGGUGAAGUGUCCGAGGCGCGUGGGGCACGCCGUCUAGCCGCCCUCCGCCGAAUGAUUGCUGAAGGCCUCGAUCAAUCAGCAACGCGCAUGGACUAUAACGUUUCCGGCUUGCAGUUUGUUCGUAAGAUACUCGAAGACAGCGAGAAGGCUCGCUUCUUCGACGUGAGCAAAGUCCAGGGGUACAAACAAAGGUAUCACAGUCGUGUCCUCCAUGAAGAGCAAAGAGGAGAGAAGCAUUAA